AUACUCUAAUAAAUUCUCAAUUCCAAGAUGGUAUCCAAAAUCAGUCGGAUAUUGAACAAAAAUUCAAAGAGACAUUUACAUUAAUUAAUGAAUUGGAAGCCGAUGAUGAUUAUCAACAUAACUCAUAUAAAUACAAAUAUCAUACAACUUAUCGUAACUAUCUAAGGGUGAUUGGUGAUGAAGAAGGUGCCAAUAAGAACGAAAAAAUAGCGAAAAAAUACGAAAAAUAUGUGAAUGCUCAUACUGAGGAAAUGAAGCCCGUAUUGUAUGCGAAUGAUGUAGAAUCAUGUGCUGACAAACAGGAUAGUAGUCUUGAAAACAAAAUUUUAAAAGAAUUAAACCAGAUUCGUCCAAUUUUAAAAGAUGAAUUGACUGAAAGUGAUGUGGUAGAAACACUUAUUAGUGAGAUAAAACGGGUUUUUGAAAAACUUAGCAAGGUACCCAAGACCUUUGAAGGUUAUCGAGAAGCAAUAGAUUGUGAGAUUUAUAUGAAUAGAAUAGUAGAAGGUUUAGUUCAUGAAAAGUUAAUUGUUUUAAAAGGCAAUAAUAAUGAAAAAAAACAUGACAAUAAGUCUUCAAAAAUUAAAAACGUUAGUAUUGAGUUGAUAGGCCAUUUGAGAUGUUUAGAAGCAUUCGCACAUGACGCAGCAUAUUCAAAAAGAAUAGAAAUUGUUUCAUUUUUAUCGGAUUCUUCAAACAAAUUGGAACUAUUGUUCCGAAAUGUUAUAAAUACAGAAGAAGAAAUUAAUAAACGUGCUAGAAUUCUUAGUUCAUGGUUUCACCCUGAUAAAACCAAAAAUCCAAAAAGUCCAUAUAUGCUUCGAGAUAAACAUAAAAGUCAAGGCGAUGAAUUAUUUAAACUUAUUCUAGGAUUUAAGGAACAUUUGUUGAAUAAGUUGAAAAAAACCUUAGAAUUAGAUAACUAUGUACAAUAUGGACGUGAACUUUGGAUAACUACUAUUGAUUAUCAUAACGCAUCAAAAGGACAAUGGGAUAAACUAAAAGAAUUAAAAGAAGAAAUUGUUCAAGAGCUCCCUUCUGAGUCAUUAAAACAGCAUAGCAUGAUUUAUGGAGAAUUGGCUUACCAUCAAUAUCGAGCAGCAUGUAAAAUUGCGGAUAGAGCUAAACUGUUAAAACAACAAGUAAAAUUGAGAGAAUAUAUGGCUUUGUGUUUAUAUCACACAAAUAAAUUUUUAGAAGCUCCGUUAUAUGCUUUAGCGGCAAUUCUUUUACAAGUUAAGAAUUCAACUAAUUUUACGCAACAAGAAUUGGAUUAUACAAAAAGUGUACUUGAUAAAGUUAAUAGCAGAAAAGAGGAGGCAAUAAGGAGUCAAGAAGGAGUUUCUUCCGACUCGAAUACUGAUACUAAAUUAGAGAGUGACCUUACUAAUGCGAUGGCUUUAAUAAGAACAAAUGAUAAAAAAGAACUCUCUCUCGGUAAUAAAGCAGUUAUUCAGAAUUCAAUCAAUAAAAAUUUAAUUAGUACGGCUUCUAAAUUACUUGUUAAGGCGGAACGUAGGUUAGUUUGUUAUGAAACAUCAUAUAAGGAGAUUUUACAGACCAUAAGGCAUGCAAAAUCGUAUAAGAUUAAAGGUGCUGCAGUUUCUGCGGGAGGAGUAGGAGUAGGAUCAGCAACAUUAUUAACCGCCGGAGUAAACUUUGCACUUGCUGGACCGCUAGGAUUAUUUGCAGGAACAACCUGUCUUGUUGCAGGGUUAUGUUAUGGUUAUUACCUGUUUAAAAAAGGCGAUGCGAUGUUUAGAGAACCAAGGGUUCGAGAAAGACUCAAUAAGAUCAUAAAUAAAGCGUUAAGUGCAUAUGAUGGUGAAAAAUAUCAAGAGUUUAUCAAAGUACUUUCAGAGGAAUAUGAUGAAAACAAACGUUUAUUAAUUUGCCAGGAUAGUGUCGGUAUUGUAGAAAAAGAUAUCGUGAAGACACUAAAAUCACAUGGAUUCCGAUCGGACGGAAUCGCAUACUUACUCGUUGUAAUUGGAGAAGUUUUAGGUAGUGGAAAAAUAAAAAUCGAAGGUGUUACACAUGCAGUUAUGAAAGCCGAUGCAAAAAAAUUUUUUCAAAUGGCAUUGAAUCAAGAUCUUGUGGAAGAGGCAUAUAAAUUAGAUGAAUGUACAAGCAAAUUACGACAAACCAGUCAAGGGAGCCUUGAGAGAUAUGUUAAAAGUGCUUGCGGUAAAAUUAAGGAUUUUGUAUUAUCGGAAGAACGUACAAGACUGGCUUUAGAAUAUCUACAAGACUCUCUGGAAAUGCCCUUUUUUUCAAGAUUGGAAGAAGUACGUAAUAUUGCAAAGAUCAAUAUUGCAAUUCUUAAUAUAAUAGAAUAUGAUGAUGAAGCGUAUAAAGAGGCCAAAAAAACUGUUGAAGAAGUUCGAAAAUCUGUAAAAGAAAAUUAUCAAUUUGUUAUUAAAUCUAAAUUACGCUUAGAAGUUUUGGAAGAUUUCUUAUGGAUAAUUAAUGGUGAAGAUCUAUCUGAUAUUAAUGGAGAUCUAUCAGAUUUAUCUAAUACAUCUUUAUUAAUCACAUUUCACGCUGAGGUCAAGCCAGGUGAUGAUAAAUAUAUGAAUUAUUUGAAUAACCAACGAUCUUCAAACCAAAAUAAAUAUUAUGAAGCGGUUUACUCUGAAUAUUUGGCCAAAAAAGAAUCCAAAAUUAACAAAUUAAACAGUUUACGUUAUUGGCAAUCUGCUCAAGAAAAUUAUGAUAUUGCACGUGGAAUAGAACCUGAUAAUCCGAUUUAUUCCCUUGGAUAUGCAAGAUGUCUAUUAAAAUUAUCUAAAUAUACUCAAGUUAUCAGGCUUUCUGAUACAUGUCCAGCAUUAAAUUCUCUAUCAGAAUACUGGCAUUUGCGUAGUGUAGCUUAUUUUAAACAAAAAAAGUAUGAAGACGCUAUGUCAUGCAAUUCUGAGGCAUUAACUUUGGAUCCUGGAAAUAAUUCGGCUGGCAAGCAUAGAGAACUUAUCAAAAAACUAAAAGUAAAUAAUGUGGUUAGAAACCACAUUGGACUUUAUAGACAAGAGUUAAUAUAUGAAAAAGAUUACAUGAAAAAUUCUCACAGUAAUGAGCGUUCU